UUUUAUAAAAAUCUCUCCGCAAAAACUUGCCCACCUCAAAUACUACUUUGUUUUAGGCAAACAAAAGCAUAGAAUAGAAUGUUGUUUUUGCAUAACAAUCCUUCAUUAUCUCUCAGCCUUGUGCUUUUCUCUUUCGUUUGAUAUUCGAAAUUAAAUUCACGCUAAAAUUAAGUAGUAAGUUUAAAUUUUGCAUAAGGUAAAAUACGUCUUGAGUUAAAUAAUAAUUUUUACAUGAGGAUACUUUGUCCAAAUGUUGAUAAAGAAGAUGGGUUGGAGACGGUGCUGGAGGUUCCAAUUCCAGAUGAAAUGUUCAAAAGCAUGGGAAGUAAUGCAGCACUUAGAUGGCAAAAUAUGGCAACAUGGAUGAAAGCUCAAACAUCUGAUAAAUGGUCUUCACCUAUUGUUGCUGCUCGUUAUAAUGAACUUAGUUUUCUACUUUAUAUGGUGGGAUCUCCUCUUAUCCCUUUCCAGAUCCAAUUGGGCCAAUCCGUUAAUCGUCCUGUCAAACAUUCUUCCAUUGAAGCGUCUACAGCGAAAUACAUAUUGCAACAAUACAUAGCAGCAACAGGGGGACAACCAGCGUUAAAUGCAGUGAAUAGUAUGUGUGUAAUUGGGCAUGUUAAAAUUUCUGGAUCUGAUUUUCAUCAAGGUGAUCAAAGUGUGAAGGUGAGAAAAAGUGACGAAAACGGAGGCUUUGUGCUUUGGCAAAAGAAUCCUGACCUUUGGUGCUUAGAGUUACUUAUCUCCGGAUGUAAAGUCAUUUCUGGUAGUAAUGGCAAAAUCUCAUGGAGACAAUCUUCUAAUCAAAUUAGGCCUAUCUCCAAGGGUCCUCCAAGACCUCUCCGCCGCUUCCUGCAGGGACUAGAUCCUCGAUCUAUAUCAAACUUGUUUGCGAAUGCAGUCUGCAUAGGAGAGAAGAUAAUAAACGAAGAGGACUGUUUCAUUCUCAAACUAGACACAAACCAAGCAGCAUUGGAGGCACAAAGUGGUCCAAAUUAUGAAAUACUUCAUCACACAAUCUGGGGAUACUUCAGCCAAAGAUCAGGUCUAAUGAUCAAGUUUGAGGAUUCCAGGCUGCUAACAGUAAAGACCAGCAGGGACGAUGAGGGCGUCUUCUGGGAGACUAGCACAGAAUCUGUUAUGGAGGACUAUAAGCAUGUUGAAGGAGUUAAUGUUGCACAUAGUGGCAAAACUUUUGUUACAGUUUUCAGAUAUGGUGAGCACUCUGCAAACCACAAGAGGCAGCUGGAGGAAAGAUGGAAAAUUGAAGAGGUAGAUUUUAAUGUUGGAAGAUUGACGACUGAUUUCUUCAUGCCUCCUUCAGAUUUCGAUAAAGAACGUUCUCGAGUCUAGAAUGGAUGUUUGGAAAUUAUAUACUUGAAGCAUACUCAACACAAUUUUGCAGUAUAUACACAAACAGAAAGCUUUUUCUCCUAGUCUUUAAAGAAAAAACUACUGUACUAAUUUGAGCAGUAUAUAUUAGAGAAAUUUGUCAAGUUUCUAUCUGAUAACAACUCUUUGCCUCUACAUA